AUGAUGAUGAUGGUGGUGAUGAUUAUCAGCAUUCAUUCGAUAUCCAUGUACAGCCCCAAGGAGAAUCCAAAUACAUUUGAUGCUGCAGCAUUCUUCCGGUCUGUGGGGAAUUUCCUGGGGAUCUUCGCCGGCUCGUUUGCAAUGGGGUCUGCGUACGCUGUUGUCACCGCGCUGUUGACCAAAUUUACCAAACUCUGUGAGUUCCCUCUGCUGGAAACCGGCCUGUUUUUCCUCCUGUCUUGGAGCGCCUUCCUGUCUGCGGAGGCUGCCGGCCUGACAGGAAUAGUUGCUGUUCUCUUCUGUGGAGUCACGCAGGCACAUUAUACCUACAACAAUCUGUCGUUGGAUUCCAAAAUGAGGACUAAACAGUUGUUUGAAUUUAUGAACUUCUUGGCCGAGAAUGUCAUCUUCUGUUACAUGGGCCUGGCGCUAUUCACGUUCCAGAAUCAUAUCUUCAAUGCUCUUUUUAUACUCGGAGCCUUUCUCGCAAUUUUUGUUGCGAGAGCCUGCAACAUAUAUCCCCUCUCCUUCCUCCUGAAUCUGGGCCGGAAACAGAAGAUCCCCUGGAAUUUUCAGCACAUGAUGAUGUUUUCAGGUUUACGAGGAGCAAUAGCAUUUGCCCUGGCUAUUCGGGACACAGAAUCUCAGCCCAAACAAAUGAUGUUUACCACCACACUGCUCCUUGUGUUCUUCACAGUCUGGGUGUUUGGAGGAGGAACAACUCCCAUGCUGACUUGGCUUCAGAUCAGAGUUGGUGUGGACCCGGAUGAAGAUCUGAAGGAGGAGCCCACCUCACACCAGGAAGCAAAUAACUUGGAUAAAAACACAACCAAAACAGAGAGUGCUUGGCUCUUCAGAAUGUGGUACAGCUUUGACCACAAAUAUCUGAAACCAAUUUUAACCCAUGCUGGUCCUCCACUGACCACAACAUUACCUGAAUGGUGCGGUCCAAUUUCCAGGCUGCUCACCAGUCCUCAGGCCUACGGGGAACAGCUCAAAGAGGAAGAUGUGGAAUGCAUUGUGAAUCAGGACGAACUGGCCAUGAGUUACCAGGAGCAAGCCACUUCGCCCUGCAGCCCUCCUGCAAGCCUGGACCAGAAAGCUUCCCCGCAGACUCCAAGCAAGGACAACAUUUACGAGGGGGACCUCGGCCUAGGAGGCUACGAACUCAAGCUUGAGCAGACGCCGGGGCAGUCCCAGCUGAACUAACGGUGAACGGUGCAGAUGUGAUCCCAAGUCAUGUGGGGCUCCUGGAGGAAUACGAGCCAAGCUGGGGAGGCAGUGCUGAGGAGGGGCUGGAUGAUGCAGUAAGAGCCUACAUUGGAGAGAAUCAAAACCUUGUCACAAGUAUUCUCUGGUGCCUGAAGAAGUGAGAAUUUAUUAUCAUCCUUCUAUAUUAUGCAACUGAAUCUAAGUUCCUGACAGCAGCCAUUUUUAUUAGUGAAUUGGGGGGGGUAGGGUGGAGAGGGUUGAGACGGGAGGGAGUUAGGAAUCUAGCUGCUGCAUGGAUGGAACAGAGGUGCUGGGUCUGCAGGUGUUUCUUUUUGGUAGAUAGCUCUCCAGGCCCUUCAUUUCGAUUUCGGAUUUUAUUCCCUUCAUUAGGGAGAGUUUAAAAAUCAGGGAAAAAAAGUUUCUGAGCAUAAACAUGUGGGCUCCUAAGCUGAAGGGAAUGCCCAGUUGUUUAGUAAGUGAAAUUUGUAUAUUAUAAAAACCUAGACUCUCACUUGCUCUUAAUGACUUCAGAGCUAUUUGCAAAGCCCACACAAGGGAUCGAUACCACUGUCGAUGGCCUCACAGAACCCAUGCUGGGUGGUGACCCACUGUUCCCCUUGGCGUUCUUUUCCAGCCACUUCUCCUACUGAAGGAAGGGGUUGGUUGGUUAUAGCCGGGCAUACACUGCACUCAAUGCAGUUCUGCUCUGCAACUUGGUAGGACCCCUCCCAGAGAAAGCUGUUUUCUUCUCCCCAUACUAUAUUUUAUCUAAAGAAUGAGCCUUCCUGCCCCUGCUUGCACUUGAGUCACUUCUUGACCCUUUGGCAGGUCCCCUCUGUAGGCUGGGUGAUGAGACUCACGGCACAGGUUGGUCUCUACAUGGCAGUGCAGGAGUCCCAGCCUGCCCUCCGAUUCCAGCUCUCACAGCUGAUGAGCAAAAGCAGAAGCUGGAGGAGCAGAGCUGAUGAUGCGUAGACCACACUGAGGAGGCAAGAACACAGCAUCAGGACUCCCCUUGUGAGAGGUGGCUCGUGGCCCGUGACAGACAGACCAACACAAUAGCUUUUAAUUCAGCUGCACGACCUGUGCGUUUGAAGCUAUAAAGAUACCUCAAGCCUAGCUUUUCUUGAAAUACAGAUGUUAACAUUAAAGUCCAAAAGAAGCAGGCUCCAGUCUUCAACGCCCAGGCUCCGAUGGGUCUGCUUCUGGAGGAGGAAGGAAAUGAUGUCUUCCUCAGGCCCAAAGCUCAGAAGUAACACGCACUUUGCUGACCAGCUGUUAGGCUAUUAACCAUGGUGGUGUCCGGCACACUGCUACGUACAUCAAUUUUCUUACUUUCUAAACAGUACAGGGCACAAAUUGUUUUAUACUCAGCCAAGUAUAAUCUGGUCAUUCUGGGUAAAUAUGGCAAGUGGCAAAGCAUGAAGUUUUCUAAUGUGACUUAAUCCUAAUAAACUUUUGUUAUAAAGUA